UUUAACUGCAGCUUAAAGGUGAAUCCACAGCUAUAUAAAGUUACAUAAGAAGGUUUGCUGUAUGUUUCUCUUGCACUGCGGUCAAAGACAUGUCGACCAUUGUUAGAAAGAUAAUCAAUACUUCUGCAGCCCCUGCGGCUAUUGGCCCAUACAGUCAGGCGGUGGUGGCUGACCGUACCAUGUACAUUUCCGGGCAGCUAGGAAUGGACACUGCGUCUGGACAGCUUGUGGCUGGAGGGGUGCAGGCACAGGCCAAACAGGCUCUUAUUAAUAUGGGUGAGAUUCUGAAGGCUGCAGGUUGUGGAUAUGAAAAUGUUGUCAAAACCACUGUCCUGUUGGCUGAUAUGAAUGACUUCACAAAUGUAAAUGAUGUUUACAAGCAGUUUUUCAGCAGCAACUUCCCUGCUAGGGCUGCUUACCAGGUGGCUGCCCUACCCAGAGGUGGGCUUGUUGAAAUUGAAGCGGUUGCAGUUUUGGGUCCCAUCUCCGAUUCAUCCUGACUAACCGCCCAGAAUAAACACAAGCUCUAACGCAACUGAAAUAGUGCCAUACCCAAAAUGAUGAAAUCAUCCUCUGACCUUCGUAGAAAGCCCCUCCUCUUAAUGAGACCCCCCCCCAUAAGUGUACACAGAUAAAGUGUCUUUAAUAUCCAGGUGCAGCAGCAUUCCAUAAAUAUCAGAUCAAGAGAUGUUGCCAUGGAAACAGGAUGUGAUUUUGUUCCUCAGCUGCCUGUGGUGUUUACACGAUACAGUGUCCUUUAACUUUCAAACGCAAAUGCCUUCAUCAUGUUUCAUAUGAAUCUGAGAGGGAUGUAAGCGCUUACCAUUUUGUAGAGCAGAGUUUGCAUCCACCCUGCUGUGGUUUACAUUGCAGGCUUUCACUGGAGAUGUGGUUACAUUAACUCCAGAUACAUUAUCUCCACUGUACCUGUAGGCACUGAGGCCACACCCUCUGUUCACUGCAGAGAGGCAUACUGUACGUGUUUUGAUAUUUUCUUCCAGCUAUCAUUUUCAGCAUCAUAUAAUUUCCACUGCCUCUGAAAUCUGACCAAUUCUAAUAUAGCUAGCUGUACUUUUUCAUUACUAAUAAACAAACUAAGUUUCUCAGGGA